GUCCAGUCCACUGCCUUGCUCACCAGCUUGCCUCCGGUACAGUACAGAGAGAUGGCUGCUAAUGGAACAGAUGCUGCACAGCCUACAGUUGAUGAGGUGCUGCUGGAUGGAGUCUACGAUAACUUGGAGACUAUAGGCUACACAGGUCCCCUGCUGAAUGACGACACCCUAUCCACUGCAAUCCAGCAAGGCCUGUCCUCUACUCUCUACAAGGAGCUGGUCUUACAACUGUGCGCCUCCUUACAGCAACUCUGCUCCCUGGAAUGCCGAGUCAGCAGUCCACAGGUACCAGAGGACCUAGAAGCAUUUCAGCUUGAGUUGAGAUCUUUGCUACGGGAGAUGGAUUGUCAUCACAAGAGUUUGAUGGAGAGUGUAGAUGUUCUGGGGGACUACCAUAAGAGAUUAUUACUAGUGGAUUACCUUCUCUCUGAGUUGAUGGCUGCAAGGCUGGUGGGACAGGAUGAGGACAUGGAUACUGGGCAAAGUGGCAGUAUUCCGGCUAGUUUGUCUGCUAUUCUGAGAGUUUAUGAGAUCAAGCAACCUCCUGCUAAUGUCACUGUGAAGCAGAUCUUUGAUAAAAUAAUAGGCUCGACUCGUGAAGCCGUUAGCAAGGCCCCUCCCGCCCACCUCCUCCCUAGUCUAUUGGGCCAGUCCCUCAGCGCAGAGCAGUGGGACACUCUGGACAAGAUCAACAUCAGCCUCACUAGCGAGUACGAGGUACGACGCAAGAUGUUACUAACACGUUGUGAUGUCACAGUGCAGUCGUUCAGAUGGUCUGACAGGAUCAAGGGCAAAGAGGAGGAGUUCAGCCGUGUGUACCAGUCCCACAGACAGCAGCUCAGUGGGUCUGCUCCAGUGUCUCUAUCUCGAGUACUAGCGGCCAAACCCGACCUACUCACAGUGGAGAAGACCAACAGUGCGGCCGUGAGGGAGAAUACUCAGUGCUCUGUCAACAAGGUUCUCAUUGGAAAGGUUCCUGAUCGAGGGGGGCGUCCCCGAGAGACACGCCCACCUCCACAGAUGCCUGCAUUCAAAACACGUACAACCGACUCGCAAGACCAAAGAAAAGGGGGCGGGGCUCGUGGAAGAGGAGGUAGCAAAGGACGAGUGCAAGGAAGUUGGUCUCAAGGAAAGAAGGGCGGGGCCAAAGGUGGCAGCUGGCAACAAGACAAAGGUUCCCAUGGCAACCAACAACAAGGCGGAGGGAAGCAAAAACAGUACUUUUCUUAGCAAUCAACUGUUUGAUAGUGUUUGAUUUUUGAUCCAAUCUGUACAAUAAUUAUAAUAAUGCUGACUAUCAAAUUUUAUUAUUUGAACACUA